AUGGAUUUAUUUUCACCAAGACCUGAACAUACUCAAUUAGAUAACGAUACAAUAAACCCAAAAAACGAACAACUACCAAAAAUAAUUCCAUCUGGUUCAUUCAAUGCUGUUACAUCGACUGUUAUUAACAAAACAAAAUCAUCGGCUGAAUCGAAUGGACUAGGUUUCCUAUUACCUCCUUUGCCAUUACACACAAGCUCGAUAAGUAACUACAACCUGGAUAACAUAACUGUUCCAGAAAGUACCCUGGAUCUCUCCAGUUCUUCCUCCACAACCCUUCAAAAAAAUCCUGGGUUCCCAUCUCCACCGCAAUCACCAAAACUUUCAAUUGAAAGAAAAACUCAAAUAAGUAAAGAUAAAACUAGGAAUAGUGAUGAAAUAUCUCCUUCUGUAUCCGGCAUCAAUGAAGGGAAAAGCAUAAAUGCAACAAGGUUCAACCUCGAUAAAGAUAUAUUCUUAGUGAGACCAGAUUGGGAACAAGGGUUAAAUGUAACAAAAUAUAAGAGAUCCAAUAGACGAUUCAUGUCGUACUAUCGCAUAUUCAAGGAUAAAGAUAAAGAUUCUGCCAGUGUUCUUCCUUUCCAGAGAGAAUACAGAUAUUCAUUAAGAAACAAUAGAUAUAGAGAUACCAAGGAAGAUGUAGAUCAUUAUUACGAUGGUUCCGUUGCAUCCCAACGACUCGUCCCCAACUCUAAAUGUAUCACACCAUCAUUUGCAACCGGUAAAGAACCAAAUACAUUGAAACAGGGAAAAAAGUGGAUCACUAAGACUUCUAUAGGAAGUUCGCCUAAAAAAGUUAUGGUUUAUUCGCAUAACCAUACCACACCAAAUAUAAACUGGGAAUUAUUACCAGAUUAUUCACCAAGUUUGGCCACUUUACCUACCACAAAUGUAAACAAGUCGAUGAGAGUAGAAUGGAAGGGAUCUAUGAUGGAUUUGUCCAAUGAUCCGUUGAGAGAUAAGCUGCAUCCUGCAGAAUUAAAUUUAGCACAGAUCCUAAGAUUACCAUGCUCACUGUAUUUAGAUUCGAAGAGAAGACUGUUUAUGUCAAAGGUAGAGAGAAUGCAACAAGGCUUGCCAUUUAGAAGAACUGAUGCUCAAAAAGCAUGCCAUAUCGAUGUGAACAAAGCAUCAAGAUUAUAUUCUGCAUACGAAAAAGUUGGUUGGUUAGAUGACAAAUUAUUUACCAAAUAUCUAUGA